AUGGCGAAGCGCAAGGCCGAAGACGACUUCGUCCUCACCAUCAGCGACAACGAGGACCUGCCAAUCGAGGAGGAAGAGAUUGUCGCGCCGCCGAAGAAGAAGUCCAAGAAGGCCAAGUCCAAGAAGGGCGCAAACAAGGACGCGAGCGACGAUGCCGACAAGGACGAUGCUGGCAAGUGGGGAAAGCACGACGACGAUGACGGCGCCAUGGACUCGGACUUUGAGUUUAUGGUCGACAAUGCUGGCGACAUCAUGGGAGCCGAGUUCGCCGGCUGGGGCUUCGAUGGCGCAAAGAAGGGCAUGGGCGAAAAGAGGACCGUCGACCUAGAUGAGAUCAUCCGGAGGAGGAGGGAGAAGAAGGAGAAGAAGAACGAGAAGAAGAACGGCGGCAAGAAGCCAGCGAGCAAGACCCAAGACGCCGAAGAGGACGCCGAAGAGGAGGCGGCCGCUCUCGACUUGGACGACGACGACGACGAGGUGCUUGCCGAGGACGGCUUCGGAAUGGGCGUUGCUUCUGAUGUCGAAGAAUCUGACGACGGAGCUGCUGGCGACGACACGGAUGCCGACCACGACGAAGAGGAGGGAGACGAGGGAGAGGGAGACGCGUCCGAUGAUGAUUCAGUGGCUACCCCCGUUGACCAUCCCGAUGACCGUGCGAGCGACUCUGAUUCCGAGCAAGGCGAAGAUGCCGAGGAAGCCGCCAAGAGAGAAGCAUUCUUUGCCCCCGAAGAGGUCGCCAAGCCUGGCAAACAACCCGCCAAGUCAUCCUUUCAAGGCAUGUCUCUAUCUAGACCAAUUCUGCGCGGCCUUACCACAGUGGGAUUCACCAAGCCCACGCCCAUUCAGGUCAAGACCAUCCCUAUCGCCUUGGAGGGCAAGGACGUCGUUGGUGGUGCCGUGACAGGUUCCGGAAAGACAGCUGCUUUCGUUGUGCCCAUCUUGGAACGUCUCCAAUACAGACACAAGAAGAUGGCGAGCACCCGAGUUGUCAUCAUGACUCCUACUCGUGAGCUUGCCAUUCAAUGUCACGCCGUCGCGACAAAACUGGCAAGCCACACUGACAUCAAGUUCUGUCUUGCUGUCGGUGGCCUCAGCUUGAAGAUGCAGGAAGCCGAGCUCCGUCUCCGGCCAGACGUCGUGAUUGCGACACCAGGCCGUUUCAUUGAUCACAUGCGCAACUCUGCUAGCUUCAAUGUCGACACUGUUGAGAUUCUCGUCCUCGACGAGGCCGACCGAAUGCUCGAAGACGGUUUUGCCGAUGAGCUGAAUGAGAUUCUCACGACGUUGCCAAAGUCCCGCCAGACUAUGCUUUUCUCUGCUACUAUGACUUCAUCGGUUGACCGUCUCGUACGCGUUGGCAUGAACAAGCCCGUACGACUCAUGGUUGACUCGCAAAACAAGACUGUCAAGAAGCUGGACCAGAAAUUCAUCCGUCUGCGACCUGGACGUGAGGACAAGCGCAUGGGAUAUCUGGUUCACCUUUGCAAAACCACGUACACGGAGCGCGUCAUCAUCUUCUUCCGACAAAAGAAAGACGCACAUCGCGCACGUAUCAUCUUUGGGCUCUUGGGCCUGUCCUGCGCGGAGCUCCACGGCAGCUUGAACCAAACUCAGCGUAUCACCGGUCUUGAGGACUUCAGGGACGGCAAGGUGUCUUUCCUCUUGGCUACUGACGUGGCAUCAAGAGGUAUCGAUAUCAAGGGCAUCGACACAGUCAUCAACUAUGAGGCACCCCAAUCCCUGGAGAUCUACGUCCACCGUGUCGGUCGUACCGCGCGUGCUGGCCGAGCUGGUGUGGCGGUUACGAUCGCCGCGGAACCCGACCGCAAGGUAGUGAAAGCAGCCGUCAAGGCCGCCAAGGCUCAGGGAGCCAAGAUCAGCAGUUUAGUCAUUGAGGCCACCGAUGCCGACAAGUGGCAAGCUCAAAUAGAGGAGAUGGACGACGAGAUUGACGAGAUCAUGGUUGAAGAGAAGGAGGAGAAGCAGCUGGCAAACGCCGAGAUGCAGAUCAAGAAGGGCGAGAACAUCAUGAAGCACGAGGACGAGAUCAAGGGCAGACCGAAGAGGACAUGGUUCGAGACGCAGGACGACAAGAAGAAGGCUAGGGACGCCGGUCGUGCCGAGCUCAACGGGCUGAAGGACACGCUCAAGAAGAAGAAGGGCGGCAAACUCAGCAACAACGACCUCAAGAAGCUCGACGCCAAGACGGACAGGACGGAGGGGCGAGUCUGGAAGAAGGGAUCGGCGGAGCGUGCCGGAAAGGGUGCCGUGUUGAAUUUCAAGAAAGAUAAGUUCAAGAAGGGGCCAGGCAAGCCCAAGAAGAGAUAA